AGAGAUGGCAGAAUAUGAAAAUCUUGGCCCUGGUGCCAGUAUGAUUACGGCUCCCGAACCUGGUGCAAGUAUGUUCAAGGAACCUCCACCUCCCCCAGAUUUGCCUGAAAUGCCACCGCCACCUCCAGAAGGUUCAAUUAAAACAUCCACAGGUGCAACGGAACCGGAUACCCUAAAGGAGACCAAACCACCAAGAGGAAAGAAACCGACCAAAAAUGUUCCAUGCCGUUACUUGUUUCUGGUGUGUGUAACUCUUUACUUCCUCGUAUUCAUAUGGACUUUCAUUCUUUACCUGCAUGCUGUCGAGAUAGCAAAUCUUGUGCCCAUAUUCGACUUCUUAGCUCCAGCUGACCUUGAUUCUCUAAGAAGUGAUGAAUGA